GAGAUAAGGACGUGAUUUUCGACAAUUGGCGUCAUUAGCUCCGAUCAAGAUGGUGAAGGCACAAGUGUACACCGUUGCGAAAAUUUUCGACGGAGAAAUCAAAGAAAGCGACCUGAAGUUGCAUGAAGAAGAGCUGCCAGCGCUCGAAGAUGGAGAGUAUUUGGCCGAGAGUUUGUACCUCAGUGUGGACCCCUACAUGCGCGCCUACGCCAAAGGGUACACCAUAGGCCAGGUCAUGAUCGGGAUCCAAGUGGCAAAGAUAAUUGAGUCAAAAAAUCCAAAAUUUCAAGUCGGUGACAUCGUCGUGGGCAAUUUCGGUUGGCGCUCCCACACAAUAGUCCAAGAACCCAACAACUACUUCGCCUAUCUUUUGCCCGAGAUUGGCACCUUAUCAACCUCUCUAGCUCUGGGCGUCCUGGGGGCGCCUGGCGUAGCGGCCUAUUUCGGCUUUUUGGACAUCUGUCGCCCCCUCGAAGGCGACACGGUUGUCGUAAGCGGGGCUGCCGGGGCUGUGGGGAGCCACGUGGGGCAAAUCGCCAAAAUCAAAGGCUGCAGAGUGAUCGGAAUCACGGGGUGUGAGGACAAAGCUCGCUGGCUGGAAUCGCUGGGCUUUGACUACGUUAUCAACUACAAAACCACCAAAAAUCUGGCAGAGGAUUUGAAAGUCGGGGCCCCCAAGGGCAUCGACUGCUACUUUGACAAUGUGGGGGGCGACAUGAGCACCACCGUCAUGGAGCUGAUGAACCAAGGGGGGCGGGUCUCUGUCUGCGGCUCCAUUUCUUCGUACAAUGCCAAAAAUCCGAUCAGAGCCGCGAUUGUGCAACCGGCCAUUGUUUCGAAACAAUUGGAAUUGAAGGGAUUUGUCAGUUUGCAGUUCAGGGAUCGGUGGAUGGAGGCCAUUGGACAGAACCUCAAGUGGGUCCAAGAGAAUAAAUUGAAGUAUCGGGAGACCAUUACCGAUGGGUUUGAAAAUGCAACAAAGGCGCUUAUUGGGGUUUUAAAGGGCGAGAAUGUGGGGAAAGCCGUCGUGAGGACGAAAUCGGCGCAUGUGGAGCACGAAUCCGUGGAUUUUAACCAUGCGUUAAGCAAAUUUAGGAAAAUACAAGGCCUUUGAAAAUGUACAAUAAAUUAAAACGAAACCAAUUUGGUUUUCUAUUGGAGGUGCUUUACACAUUCGCUUAUCAACGUUAUCUCACUAUCAAAAACACUCAUAAGUGGAUCUAUUACAUAAACAAAUAAAUAUAUAACCUUUCA